AUGUCAGGAGUAGAGGCUCUCAAAGCGCUACGUCAUGCGGCCAUUGCAAAAGACCCGAUCAAACUCUUUAACGAAAAUGGUCAAGAGACAGAGCUUAUUCAAGAAGCAACCAAGGUUCAAUUUGGUGAUGAUGAUGAGAAAAAGUAUGACUUGAACUUGACGACAAAUUUCUACAACGAUGAUGAGCCUCAAGACUUGAAAUCAGUUGUAUUUUGCUGGCUUGAGGAACAGACCCCAGAUGUUGACUACAAGUCCAAGGCUAUUGAACACGGGAUCCCGGCAUUUGCGUAUUUGCAGAGAUACGACUUGAUCACUUGGUUAAAGGGAACUAUUGACAGUUGUCAGUUUGUCAAGGAAGAGAAGGAAGAUGGAAGAGAUACAGCCAUAAAAUCAGACACCAAAUCCGAUGCCAUCAGCUCUAAAAAGCACAAGCUUGAUGACCCGCAGAUGGAUCGAAUCAGCCAGUUUGAAAAGGAGUCUGUCGAUCAUAAUGCGGUAUUAAGAGGGUCUAAAAAUAUUGACUUUAGCUAUCUAAUAUCGGAUGCGAAAAAGUUCAUGCAUGAAUUGAAGCGUGCCAAACCUAGCAGUAGAGAAACUAAAAAGGAAAGUGGGUCAAAGAAACAACCAAUCAUUAUUGUGUCGCCCUCAUUGACAGCCCUUCUUUCGUUAUCCAAUAUCAAAGAGUUUCUUGAGAACGGACGCUAUACACAACCUACUCCUGGUGACAGACCACAAUCUGGUGUUGUGAUCAUCGAUCAUCCUUCGGAGAGACUUGUUUCAUCGGCUCAAAAGAUUAUGGUGGUUGACAAUGUUGAUUUGUUUACCAACCCCGAUUAUUGGAAUAGAGUCAUUGCAAUUUUCACCACAGGUCAAAGCUGGCAGUUUUCGAAGUACAAUUUUUCUAAACCAGAAGUAUUGUUUCAGAAAUAUCAAGGUUAUUACUUGGGUUAUCAAGGGGAGGCAACCCCACAUCAAAUAAAAGACUGGAACGUUCAUGAAAUCAAAGUCGAUAGAGGUGAAAAAAGGUUCAAAGAUAAGGUGAUUGUUCGGGACUUUUGGGCGGAGAUAGACAAGAUACUUAUCAAUAAGGGGUAUGGCAGACUGUAA